ACGUAAACAACGAAAUUGUGUUUUAUAAAAUCUGUCUUGUAAGUUCGCGCACUGCAUGAAAUAUGUGUUGUGCUAAAUGCUUACAAUUUCCAAGCGUCAGUGACACAGCGUAAAAAGUAUUUUGAUUUCAACGAGAUGUUAAAUACACAGCGUUCACGUCUAUUGAAAGGAAACAAUAUGUCUGGCCCAAGUCUUGCCCUCGCCUCGUUGACAGCCACUUACACUGAUUCGGAGGCAGAAGAUGAAGCAGGCGAGGAAGAAAAUUCCCCAGGUGCUAGUAGUGUGAACUCCGUUGUAUCCAACACAGCCACUCCUCCAGCCACGGCACCUAUUACAACAACAACAACAACUACAACAACACAAGUUUCUAUUGUGAGUAGCAAAGUUGCCCGCCUUGUGUCAUACCACGAUGAAACUGUGGUAUCAGACGACGAUGAGGAAGGCGGUCAGCGCGUGUCAGUAGGCAGCGAGGAGCCUGAAGAUGGAGGCGAGACUCCUGCUGCGAACCCAGCAGAUGUGAAUGAUGUUAUAUUGUUUUCUGAACCAAAGGGUCGUUGUUCGAAUGAAUUGCAAGAAAAAAUUAGUAGACUGCAUGAAAAGAUGAUGUCUUCUGGUUUGGACAUGAAUCAUGUUAUACAACAGCGGAAGGACUUUCGGAACCCAAGUAUUUAUGAGAAGCUGAUUCAGUUCUGCAGUAUCAAUGAACUCGGCACAAACUAUCCUGCACAUGCGUAUGAUCCAUUACGCUGGGGAAAAGAGUCAUUUUACGAGGAACUGGCACGUGUUCAGAAGGCAGAAAUGGAGCGUCGAGAAAAGGAGAGGCGCGAGAAGACUCGUGUUGAAUUUGUUUCUGGGACAGCCAAACGUCCUGCUGGAGGUGCAGGGUCAGGGGAGGAGGAUAAAAUGCGUCGGAAAUCAAAAUGGGACCAAGUGGGUACAUUAUUGGCAUCCAAUACGACAGCUGCUGGUGCACAAGCUGGCAUUCUAAAGCCGGGUCUUGUUCAGCAGCCUGCACUAACUACUUCAGCAACUGGUACCAAAGGGACUGUAAUUUCAGCAUUUGGAUCUCUGCCUAAGAAACCACGAAUAUAACUGUUAAUUUGUACAGAACUAUAAAUUUAUUAAACUUUUUUGUGGUAUGUAUGUGGGACACUAUAUAUGGUAUGUUUGUACAUAGCCUUCUGAUUUUCUACCUGUAUUCCUAGUCUGAAAAUACGACUUUUGGAUAAAGGCCUGAAAAGCAAUUGGUGAAAACAUUGCUAUCAAAAUUUUUGCCUUUUUUCUGAAAGAUGGCUGCCUUUCAUUUGGAAUAUAACUUUCCUGUCAUGUAAGAUUUGAAUUUCCUUUCUAAUUUACAGGGAAAUGAGUACAAAUAAGACGGAUGAUUUUUUAUGCUGUUAAUCAGUGAAAUGUCAUGCUUAUUCCAAACAUAACUAUUGUAUGUUCAACAAUUCAUUGUGUUUAAUCUUCCCUACUUCCUAAUGUCACACUCUUUUCUGAAUGAAAAGGAAAAGUUGCUAUAAUACUCAUUUCUUCUUGUAAACAUUCCAUAUUUAUUCCACUAUGAAACCUUGAAAGAAAUGUUAUCAAAGGGAGGCAAGUAAAUUUUUGAAGUAUUAGAAACAUAUGCUGACUACCAGAAGUGUAAAUUUAAAUAGGUCAUUGUACAACAACAACAAAAAAUUUCCUGUAGGGAGAAAUGUAUUGUAAAAUUAAGUUAUUGCUCGGGGAAGAUAGUUAUAUCACCUUCAACUGAGGCUGGAGUACAUCCGUUUAUGUAAAAAAUAAUCCAGAAUUGACAGUUUUGAUGUAUUAUACUUCUUCUUCUUUGUUAUUGUUCAAACGAGGCCUCAUUUUAUGCAUUUAUUAUAUGAUGAGUAACAAGUAUUGCAUUGACUUUCUGCUGCUUUGGGGCAACUGACCUAUACUUUAUUUAUUCCAUUAAAGGCAUUUUUGAGACUAUAGGAAGAAACUGCUUUUGAAGCAGUGAAACCUUACUGUAUUGCAGCUAAUAUGUAUCAUACAGUGACAUACCAGCUUAUUUUUAUAUCAGAAGUGUGUUGGCCACCAUUAACUGAUGUUCACAUGAAUGGAAAUUUUUCAUAGUCCCAAUAAAAAUUGCUCCAACACAGACAGCUGA